AUGCAGGGGUUGCCUCAGAACGCGCAGUAUGCGGUGGAUGAGUACGGCCGCCCGUUCGUCAUCAUCCGCGACCAGGGCAAGCGAACCCGCCUUCACGGCCUCGAAGCGCUCAAGUCGCACAUCCGCGCCGCCCGGACAGUCUCCAACAUCGUCAAGACCAGCUUGGGUCCCCGGGGUCUCGACAAGAUCAUGAUCUCCCCUGACGGCGAUAUCACGGUCACGAACGACGGCGCGACGAUCAUGGGGCAGAUGCAGGUCGAGCACGAGAUUGCCAAACUCCUCGUCGAGCUCUCCAAGUCCCAGGACGACGAGAUCGGCGACGGCACCACGGGCGUCGUCGUCCUCGCCGGCGCCUUGCUCGAGAACGCCUCGGCCCUCCUCGACCGCGGCAUCCACCCCAUCAAGAUUGCCGAUGGGUACGACCGCGCGUGCGCGGUUGCGGUCGCAGAGCUGGAUCGGAUUGGAGACGUCAUCCCGUAUUCGAGGGAGGAGACGGGCGAGUUGUUGAAGGUUGCGCAGACGAGCAUGGGCAGCAAGAUUGUCUCCAAGGCCCACGACCUCUUUGCGAAGAUUGCUGUCGACGCCGUCCUCUCGGUCGCCGACCUCGACCGGAAAGACGUUCCCUUCGACCUCAUCAAGGUCUCCGGCAAAGUCGGCGGCUCGCUCGAAGACACGACUCUCAUCCGCGGCGUCCUCCUCGAUAAGGACAUGUCGCACCCUCAGAUGCCCCGCUCCAUCACCGACGCCAAACUCGCCAUCCUCACCUGCCCAUUCGAGCCCCCUCGGCCCAAGACCAAGCACAAGCUCGACAUCACCUCGGUCGAAGAGUUCAAGAAGCUUCAGGAGUACGAGAUGGAAAAGUUCCAGACGAUGAUUAGGCAGGUCAAGGACACUGGCGCGAACCUCGUCAUUUGCCAGUGGGGCUUUGACGACGAGGCGAACCACCUCCUCAUGCAGAACGACCUCCCCGCCGUGCGGUGGGUCGGCGGGCCGGAGAUCGAGCUCAUCGCCAUCGCGACCAACGGCCGCAUCGUCCCGCGCUUUGAGGACCUCUCCGCCGCCAAGCUCGGCCGCGCCGGCGUCGUCCGCGAGGUCUCGUUCGGCACGACGCGGGACAAGAUGCUCGUUAUCGAAGACUGUGCCAACUCGAAGGCCGUCACGGUCUUUAUCGUCGACGAGGCCAAGCGAGCGCUCCACGACGCCCUCUGCGUCGUCCGCAACCUCGUCCGCGACAACCGCGUCGUCUACGGCGGAGGCGCAGCCGAGAUUGCGUGCUCCAUCUCCGUCGCGAACGAGGCCGACAAGGUCGCUUCGAUCGAGCAGUAUGCGAUGCGCGCGUUCGCGACCGCCCUCGAUGCGGUCCCGCUUGCGCUCGCGGAGAACUCGGGAUUGGCGCCGAUUGAGACGCUGGCUGAGGUCAAGAGUAGGCAGGUCACCGAGGGCAACUCGAGGUUGGGCGUCGACUGCUUGGGCAAGGGUAACAACGACAUGAGGGCACAGUUCGUGGUGGACCCUCUCAAAUCAAAACAAUCCCAGUUGCUCCUCGCAACACAGCUCGCGCGCCUGUGCUUGCGCAUUGACGAUUGUAUAGUUCAAGGCCAGGCGGACGAGUACUGA